AUGGUCAAGGCUGUUGCUGUCCUCCGUGGUGACUCCAAGGUCGCCGGCACUGUUACCUUCGAACAGGCCGAUGAGAACACCCCCACCAACGUCUCAUGGAACGUCUCCGGCCACGAUGCCAACGCUGAGCGUGGCUUCCACAUCCACCAGUUCGGUGACAACACCAACGGCUGCACCUCUGCUGGGCCCCACUUCAACCCCUUCAGCAAAACCCACGGUGCCCCCGAGGAUGAGGUUCGUCACGUCGGUGACCUUGGUAACUUCAAGACCGAUGCCGAGGGCAACGCCGUUGGCUCCAAGCAGGACAAGCUCGUCAAACUGAUCGGUGCCGAGAGCGUCCUUGGCCGUACCCUUGUUGUUCACGCCGGUACUGACGACCUCGGCCGUGGCGGCAACGAGGAGUCCAAGAAGACCGGCAACGCUGGUGCUCGCCCUGCUUGCGGUGUCAUCGGCAUUGCUGCGUAA